AUGUUCCCAUUUAAAACAAAAAAGAUCAAUUACCAAGAACUUUCUAGCGAUGAAGAGGGAAUUCUUCCAUUGCGAUCUACUCGUCGCGGAAUAUCGAGCCAUCUCUUUACGAUCUUUCUUGCUUUGGGGUGGGCAGUCACACUCUCUCUAUAUUGGCAUUUGAGCAUUUCUACAAGGCAACCGUCGGGACCCAUUCCUUCGGAAAUAUUAAAACUAAGACCGAAGACAUUUCGCCAUAAUGAGCGCUGGUCUGGUAUGUCUCCAGAAACGCAGAGUCAUUGGGACUCGCAGUUUGCAGGACAUGGGGCUCUUUGGAUUGAGGAACCGGAGAAGUACGGCCUUUCGAAUGGGAUAGCUGCUGAGUUUGAUCACCCAUUCAAGGACGAGAUGGGAAAGCCAAAGUUUUUCAUUGUUUCCAAACUUCAUGAGAUUCAUUGUUUGUCCUGGAUCCGUUUACACUGGUGGACCGCCGUCACAGGGGCAAACCUAACGGAACUUGAAAAUUCCUUCGGUGGAGGAGUUUUCGCAGUCCACAUAGAUCACUGCUUCGAAUAUUUGAGACAGGCUCUUGCGUGUGGAGGCGGGCCUGCAGAUAUCAUCCUCGAGGGUGCUAGCCCGUUGAGCAAAGGCGACAUAGUGGCUACGAGUGUCUCUGGCUGGGGGAGAGAACAUCAGUGUAUUGAUUUUGACGCUUUG